GGUCUUUUGUGGAAAAACAGAUCACGUGUCGAAUGUUGUCUCCCUGCUGCCAGGCUGUGGGUGUGCGGCUGUGGAGGCACGCCGGAACGUGGAGGGGCCGGGAAGGAGCACCUUACAGCACGCUGGUGCCAUCUGACGAAGUAACUAUUAAUUACAGACAUGGUCUUCCUGUGAUAACUCUUACGCUGCCCACAAGAAGUGAACGCUGUCGGUUCACUGUUAAGCCAACGGUGACCACCGUAGGGGCAGUCCUGCAGGAUGUGCAGAGAGAAGAUAAAGGAAUUGAGAGGGCAGAAGUCUUUGCAACAGAUGGUAGCAAGGUCUCUGAUGCAACCUUGAUGGAGGUCUUAUUGAUGAAUGACUUUAAACUUGUUAUCAACAACACGGCAUACAGUGUGUCACCUCCUAUAAAAGAUAAGCUGAGUAGUGAGCAUGCUACUGAAAUGGAAGAUAUCAAAUCCUUGGUUCACAGACUGUUUGUGGCUCUACAUUUAGAAGAUCACCAGAUCAGGAAAGAGAGAGAAUUGCUGCAGAAGCUGGACCAUCUGAAAGAAGAGCUGCUGCCUCUUGAACAGAUGAAAGCCAGAAUCACGGACAGUGCAGAUGCAAAGACCUCCAGGCUUCUAUGGGUUGGCUUAGCUCUGAUGUCAACACAAGGAGGAGCGCUGGCAUGGCUCACGUGGUGGGUCUAUUCGUGGGACAUCAUGGAGCCAGUCACAUACUUCAUCACUUAUGGGAGUGCCAUGGCUUUCUAUGCCUACUUUGUUAUUACUAAACAGGACUACAUUUACCCUGACGCUAAAAACAGGCAGUUCCUCCACUACUUCUAUCGGAAAUCCAAAAAACAGCAUUUUAAUGUGGAACGAUAUAACAAGCUCAAAGAAGACCUAGCAGAGGCAGAAGAAUCCCUGAGGCGUCUGCGCCAACCUCUGCGCCUGAGGCUGCCAAUCCAGGAAAUCAAUGACAAGGACUGACUUCGGUUUUGUAUAUAUUACAAUUGCCCUUUCAAAGCUGAUACAAACAUUUAGUUACUCUAUAGAAACUGGAUAUUUUUGACCACUAUAGUUUUGAAAGUUGCAAUAAAUAUCUAUAAAA